AUGUUCCUCACAAGAUCUGAAUAUGACCGUGGUGUUAAUACCUUUUCCCCUGAAGGCCGUCUAUUUCAAGUUGAAUAUGCGAUCGAAGCUAUUAAGUUGGGUUCCACUGCGGUAGGGAUUCAGACUUCUGAAGGUGUUGUCCUGGCUGUAGAAAAACGUGUCACUUCCCCGCUUUUAGUAUCAAGUAGUAUUGAGAAGAUCAUGGAAAUUGAUACUCAUUUGGGUUGUGCGAUGAGUGGUUUAACAGCUGAUUCCAGAACAAUGAUAGACCAUGCUAGAGUUGAGGCACAAAUUAAAGUAGAGUCGGUCACACAAGCUGUAUGCGAUUUGGCACUGAGGUUUGGUGAGAGUGCACAUGGAGAAGAAUCUAUAAUGAGUCGACCUUUUGGCGUCGCAUUAUUGAUUGCCGGCGUCGACGAGAAGGGUCCUCAAUUAUAUCACGCCGAUCCCUCUGGUACUUUUAUGCAAUAUGAUGCUAAAGCUAUUGGUUCCGGAUCUGAAGGCGCUCAGACAGAAUUGCAAGAAGAAUACGAUAAAUCUAUAAGUUUGGUGAAUGCCGAAACACUAUCUCUUAAAGUUCUCAAACAAGUCAUGGAAGAAAAAUUGAACAAUACAAAUGUUCAACUUGCUUCUAUCACGCCAGAAUAUGGGUUUAGAAUUUAUAGUGAAGAAGAAUUACAAGUAGUAAUUGAUAGAUUAUUAUAA